AUGUACUCCAUGCUGAUUGGACAGAAUGAGCUGGAGACAGACGCACAGAGUGCUGACUACAAACCCAACAGCCAGCGGGACUAAAAUGGACUUUGAGUCCACCCAGUGUUGUUUUAGGAAAAGAACAGUGAGACUCGAUGCCUGCACAAGAUAAGUAAUGUUUGAGCCGAGGAAAAAAUAGCAAAAUGAAAGCAUUUAUACUCUGUUUAUUUUGAUGAUUAUUAUUGUUCAGUUACCAUCUGUUAAAAUUCUUGUCAGAAUGGAAAUUCUGGUGAAAUGACAUUGUUGUUGGUAAACUUUGUUCAACAAAAGUAUCAGUCUGUAUAAAUAGACCAGUGAAUGUAAAGUUCAGUUUAGUUGUUUCAAAAGUAUCCUUUUUACAGAUAACUUAGGGAAUUCGUUAUGUCACUGCUGGGAUGUUUGAGUUUAAAAAGUAGAGUGGGAAAAGUGAAUGAAAUCAUCUUAAAGUGAAGUUUAAGGAGAUUAAAUUAGACCUUAAUCAACAAAUUUAACACAUUCACAGCAACAACAAAUGACUAAAAUUUUUUGAUCAGUCUAUAUAUAUAAUGGCUGAAUUCCUUUACAAUGAUUUCUGUUUUCUAGUGCCCCUGUUUACAGUGCGAGAUGGACCUAGAGUUCAGCCCUACAAACUGGCUACAGCAGGUCUGGGGUUGUUAUGUACUGGCCUGCUGAUUGUCAUCAUAGCCCUAUGUAUUCACUUUCAGAAUUCAUACCGGCCCCGCAGUGAACUGGACAGCAUAGCCAGCAACCACAGUACUGUGACCAAAGCUUUGGAGCAGCUGCAAGGAGAGUACCAAGAAGCCCUGGAUGCCAGGCACAGAGUAGAAGCGCAGUUUGGGCUGCAGCGCUCUGAGCAAGAGCAGCUCCAGAAGAAGAUCGAGUCUCUGCUUGUGGAGAAGAAAGAUCUGCAGUCCAUCAUCAGCAUGCACGAAAAUAGUUGCGGAAAGUGCUUGCCAGGAUGGACACUGUUCAAGUCAAAGUGUUACUAUUUCUCUUACGAUGAUUCGAAACCGAAAAAGUCCUGGAGUGGAAGCCGCGAGGACUGCAUCACCCAAGGAGCCGACCUGGCAGUGGUAGACAGUGAGGAGAAGCAGCUGUUUCUCAUGAGAUCCAUCACUUCCAUGGGCCUGGGAAGGAUGUACAGCUGGCACCUCACAGGAUUUUGGUUGGGACUAAGAGAUGUCCAUGUAGAAGGUACCUGGAAGUGGCUGAAUGGAACGGAGCUGACUGUGGGGUACUGGAUGGAUGGGGAACCCAAUGAUACAUAUUCAGAGGAAGACUGUGCCGCCAUUUAUCCAAAAUCUGACCUCCUCAAGUCGUGGAAUGAUGCUCCUUGUAACUACCUCCUGAACUGGAUAUGCGAGUCAGAGAUGCCGAAUCCCUAGGCAUCACUCCAGCGUCUGUCUAUCACUCCAGCGUCUGUCUAUGGCUGGACGGCAGUGGCGGACAAAUGGGAUUGGGCAAAGGAUUAAGCUCCUAAAUGAGGUGUGACUGUUGUAUGCUGUUAAUGGGUGAAUCUCCAUUAACCAAAAAUAAUGGAUUUACCAUGACACAGCAUGAGGAUACCAUGAAUUUAAUUGUGCCACGUGCUGUUAAUUUGGAUGAGGUAUUUCUAAGAAACAUUGCUAAGAAAAAUGAAUGAUUCGUAUUACUCAUUGUUUUGUUGUAUGACGUAAAAAACAGUUUUCAUGUGGAAAAGCAACAUAAACUGAGAGCAGAGUAUUGUCUGUAUCAAUGUGUAU